AUGCGUAUUCUGCUGUGUCUGGCCGCAUAUCACCGUACAUUUACAGCUCAGCGCAACACAAUACUUACCGCCAUCUCGGCUGCUCAGCCAUCCACCAUCUACCAUACAACACCCACAACUCGCUAUCCUUCUCGUGACUACGCAUCCCUUGAGGCGAAACCGCAACGUUUCAGUUUGCCAUUUCGGCGGCCACCGCCAGAGUCAGAGCUAGACCACCCGAUUUGGGGCUUGGAGUUACUGCUGCUUUCCGCCCUUUCACAUUUCGUGCAUCAGAACUACGUCACCGAAGCACAGAGUACAUCAAGUCACCUCGCCGAUACGGAUUUCUACCAUGUUUACCGGAUGGUUUUUAUGCCCCUCAGCUACACAGGUGUUGCUUUGACCAGCGCAAACGUUUAUCAUCUCGAAACACGAUCGUCGUCAGCUCGGUCCGAUCCGCGCUUCCGAUAA